GCGGGUCGGAGUAUGGUUGCCGCUGCGGCCGCCAGGCUCCCGCGGCCGGGGCAGAUCCCCGGGAGCCGAGUGGAAAACAACCCGGCCCCACAGGCACAAAGGCUGGAGCCCCGGCCGCCCUUCGGAGCGCACGCACGCACGCACGCAGCGUGGGCAGAGCCGCGCCUGCCCGCCCCCUCCGAGGACAACGCGCCCAGGUCCCCGCGCCGCCCUGGCGGCCGGGCUCCGGGCAUGAGCGCCGGCACCUGGCGCGUGAGGCCACCUGAUCCCUGUGACCCAGCCGAGUCCCUUUACACGUGGGAAACUGAGGCUCAGAGAGAACCUGCUGCCAUGGCUGAAUGUGGGGUUGAUGAGCCGUCCUCCAGGACUGGAAGUUCGGAUGGGGAAGAUCAGGUCUCUGAGGAUAGGUCGUUGCUCCAUCAGAGGCUGGCCGUCAGGGAGCUCAUGGACACCGAGGUCUCCUACGUGCACAUGCUCCGGCUCUGUGCCUUAGAUAUCAGGAGCCGUCUGCAGCAGCUGCCCCAGGGAGAUCUGGACAUCCUGUUCUCAAACAUCAACGAUAUCAUCAAGGUGAACAGCAAAUUGCUUGCAGAUCUGCAGGAGACAGCAUCCAGGGAAGAGGAACAAGUACACCUAAUUGGUAACUUAUUCCUGGAAUUCCAAGAGGAGUUGGAGCGAGUCUAUAAAGUCUACUGUGCCAGCUACGACCAGGCCCUGCUGCUGGUGGACACCUACCGGAAGGAGCCAGAGCUGCAGCAGGAGAUCCAGGGCAUCAUUGAGGCAGUGGUGCCGCAAGCUGGACCCUCAGGCCUCAGUUUCUUACUGGUGAUUCCUCUGCAGAGGAUUACCAAGUACCCAUUGCUGCUGCAGAAAAUCCUGGAGAACACACUCCCUGAUGCCAGGGCCUACCCUGUCCUGCAGGGGGCUGCCUCCGCCCUCCGGGACGUGAACACCAACAUCAAUGAGUACAAGAUGCGCAAGGAAGUGGCCUCCAAGUACACCAAGGUGGAGCAGCUGACGCUCCGGGAGCGGCUGUCUCGCAUCAACACGCACACCCUCUCCAAAAAGACCACCCGGCUGAGCCAGCUGCUGAAGCAGGAGGCAGGGCUCGUGCCCAGGACAGAAAACAAGGAAUUUGAUGAUUUAGAAGAGAGGUUCCACUGCGUGUCACUGUGUGUGACCGAGAUGAAGAACAAUGUGGCUGUUUACCUGGAUAAUCUGGAGGCUUUCCUCCACUUCAGGCCCCAGGAGUGUGACCUGGACAUCCCCGAGGGGCCUGUGGUGCAGUCCUGCAGCCUGGCCAGAGACCUCCAGCUCCAGGCCUUUCCCCAGUUUAAGCAGCGGCUGGAAGGCCUGGUGUGGCAGCCACUGUGCAGCCUGGCCAAAGCCAUGACUGGACCUCAGAACCUGAUCAAGAAGCAUCUGGACAAACUACUGGACUUUGAGAGGGUGGAAGAGAAGCUGCUAGAGGUGGGCAGUGUGACCUAUGAAGAGGAGGUGGUGCGACACACGUUCCAGGCACUCAACUCCCUGCUGGUAGCUGAGCUCCCGCAGUUCAACCAGCUGGCCAUGCAGUGGCUGGGCCACAUCCUGUGCACACUGGUGGCCCUCCAGAGGGAUCUUGCCAAGCAAGUGCUGCAGAGGGCAGAGGGCAGGUUGGCUCAGCUGCCCCACCACCAUGUCUCUGAGCCAGCCUUCAAGAAGCUGGUGGAGGACGCACUAGGCCAGGCGGGUCAACAGCUUCGCUCCUUUCAAGAAAAUUUUGAGACAGUGCUGCCACCUCCCACCACACAACCACUCCUUCCAGGGUCUGAACGACAGGUGCAGUCUCUCCUGAGCAGAUACGGCCCAGGAAAACUGUACCAGGUGACAAGCAGUACCAGCGGGGCUGGAACUCUGGACCUGACACUGCCACGGGGCCAAAUUGUGGUCCUGCUUCAAAACAAGGACACGAAAGGCAACAGCAGCCGCUGGCUGGUGGACACUGGAGGAUGUCGUGGUUACGUGCCAGCUAGGAAACUGGAGCUGUACCAAGUCUUCCUGAGUAAGGAGGAGCUCAGAGGGCAAGUGGAGCCUGGCAAGAACUCUCAAUGUCUAACACCAGAGCCCACCCCAGUCCCAGUCUCCUCUGUCCUGACCGUGACCCAGGUGGUGGCAAUGUACCCCUUUGUGGCCAGAAGCAGCCAUGAAGUGAGUCUGCAGGCAGGUCAGCCAGUGACUGUCCUGGAAGCCCAGGACAAGAAGGGGAACCCAGAGUGGAGCCUGGUGGAAGUGAACGGGCAGAGGGGCUACGUGCCUUCAGGCUUCCUGGCUAGGUCCCCAGGCCCAGCUCCGUGGGGUUGGAGUCUGCCCUCCUAGGUGCCCUCCUUGAGCCCAUGUUGCCGAGGGAGGGGGGAGGCUUGGAGGCUGUGACCCUGCAAGGGAAAGGAAGCAAAGAGAAGGUGGGGGUGGAAAGGGAGAUCAGGCCAGGGUGGGGUGAAGGGCACCCAGAGGGCAGCCGGAAGAGGUGGGUGGGCCUUGCAGAGUGCCUGGCACCGGUGGGCACAAAAGGCUCCAGCCAGGACCACUCAUGUCUACAUAAAGAGGUCAUUCCUAUCUGAAGUCAUAACACCCUGGAUGGCCGGUCUAGCCGAUUAGGCCUUGCCAUGGCUUCUGGCCAAUCUUACCUGUGCCCAGAUCCAGGCCUGGUCAUGGGAGUGGGCGGCCCAGGUGAAUGGUACCUGUGUGCUGUGUGGUUGCAGGGAGGGGCCCUGGAGAACCAGAACUGUGGGCCCUAACACUUUACUUCCUACCUGUGGUAUCAGGAGGCACCAUAGCCGACCAGUCAUCGGCUAUUUCUCCAUGCUGGGAGUGGAGCCAUCUUGGGCAGUGAACUCCUGGGAGCCCUAGAAGGGAAGUGAGACUUGUCAGGGCAAUGGAGAGGUUCCCAGGAGACUCUUGGCUGGACCUAGGGGUGGGUGUGACUAAGUCACAGGUCUGGAAUGUGUGUAGGAAAAGUCAGAGGCAGUUCCAGAGAAGAGGGGAUUUUGAGGGUGUGUGAGACUUCUGGCAGCAGUUCUACACUGCUCCUGUGUUCUCUGGACUAAGGGACAAAGGGUAUGCAAAUCAUAGAGAAAACUCUGUGAAGCGGAUGACUAAAAGCCUGCUGGGUGGGGAAGGUUAGGCAAUGGCUUGUUUUCCUGUUUCUGGAAGAAGGGGAAACACCUGUGGUUUCAGGAGGCCACUGAGGGCCUGGAGGCAAGAAUGGACAUGAUGCCAGUUGACUCUGGGACCUUGGACAUAGGACACAGCCUGAUUUUUCUCAUCCAUAAAGACUAACUCAUAGGGCUGUGGUGAGAUUGACAUGAGGCUAAGAUAUGAAAGCUCCUUGCAAAUUCAUUACAUAUGAUAUAAAUUGCCAUCAGUAGCAGGAUGUGCCUGGAUGUGCUCUCAGGGUGGCCCCAGCAUCAGCUGGCCCUGGCUGCAAAUGGGAGCAUUCAUGCUGCUGUUUCCCAGCCCUUUUCCAUGGCAGAUGUCAUUAAUCAGCAUGGUGUCCUUCCCAUAAACCCAGGAUCUACCUCGGGAUCCUUCUCAAUGCUGCAUUCUAGGUAGCCAGUCUCUAGAACUUGGUGAGGUCAAACCUAAUGUCAUCCCUUUCUAGAACCUGGAAAUUGAAAAACAGUUCCUGUUCAGGGAAGACUGACCCACUUGGGGCAGUGUUGGGUAUAGCUCCUAUUGGGACAUCAUCUCUAGGUUGUCACUUUGGGCUAAGAUAAAUUGCAAGAUUCACAGAAGAGGGAAAAGGUGAUCCAGAAUGAUCUUUAAUAGAAAUCACAAAUUUUGGAACCAACCCAAGGAGAGUGUAUGUGAAAGCAGGCGGCAGUAUAGACUUAUUUCCAAGAACAUUUCUAUGUUAUUGUAACUAUAGAGCCAAAGCUAUUAGCUCUGGGUUUUGGAGGGCUUUUAAGAAACAGAUACAGUCUGUAACUCACCUUGUCUGGGCUUGUGAAAGCAUGAAGCCUGCAUAAUGCAAGAGCAACUCAGUCCCACAAUCCCCCUCCUGGCACCAAAUUCACUUAACAAGGUGCUCUUGAGUCCUUUCCCUUUCUCUUUCCUGCUCAGAUUUAUAAUACAAAUAGGAAGCUUAGGGGAAUAGAUGAUAAAAUAGGAAAUGCAUUUGUGGAUUCCACAGGUACUCACUGAGACUCUGCUGUGGGUUAGAACCCUAGCUCGGGGCUUCUCGGUGUGGCUGCUCGCUGCAGUCACCGGCAGCUUUCAGCCGAGAUGGACACCAGGAUCCCACCCAGAGGUUCUGAUGUAAUUAGCCUGGGGUACGGCCUGGGCCUCAGGAACUCAGGAAGCUCCCCCACGUGCUGCUAAUGUGUAGCCAGGGUUGGGGACCUCUGCGCUAGACACACAGUGCUAGACGAGAUAGACUGGGGAUCAGAAACGGCCACAGGCUGUAAGCUAGGACAUGCCGCGUCCAACCUUUGUACUAGCUUAGAUGUUUUGAACAGCCAGUUUUGGGGGUGAUUUGAAAUAGGACAGCCUGUCAGGUCCCAGAAUGUAUGUUUAUUAAGUGCCAUUAAAAGGGACCUGAGCAAAAUUGGAUGUUCUUAUAGGCAUAAGGGAGAAAACUGAAAUACACUUGGAACCAAAUCUAUCUCAUGAGGGGGAAAUAAAAAUAUAUUCCGUAACACAUGGGUUAUGGUUUCCCAUAGACUGGGGAAUGAGAUUAAAAGCCACUGAAGGGUGAGAAAAUGCAUAUUGAGAAGAUGGAGAAUGGCUUGAAUUUUCUCCAGGGGACUCGGUAAUGUGCCUUUCCCCCUCCCAAAUGCCUAGAAUCGUUGCACUGCGUCUUAUUUAUUUCACUGUCUGCCUGUCAUGCAUUAAACUUGCUAAGGUAUUUGCUUGUGAACUGAACAAGACUUGCAAGAGUUGAAGACUGAUUCACAAGGGUGCCCCUCGCUCCCUGCUAUGGAGUAAGACCUCUUUAACCUUUCGGACCCCAACAUGAGGACAAGACUACAAUAUCAAAGGAAAGAGGAACGAAUUCUUGGUACUGUGAUGGGCUCUAGCUUGGUGGAUAGCUGAUGUGAACUACUGAGAAUAAAGAACAUUGAAGAUG